UUCCCAUUAUAUUCCACUGACAUUUCAAAAUUGUGUUCUCAUCCAAGUUUUUGGCAGCCGGAAAAAGGGGCGGGGAUUAAGCAGAAGUUACAACGCAUAUACUGAGGAAGUGGACUUGAACGAAAAACAUCCUGCAGUCAAAAUUAAGUUAAGGAUGUACAGUACAGAGGCGUUAAGAGCACACAGGGGGCCGCACUUUUCGGUGGACAGGAGAAGGAGCAGCAGAGUGGCAGUGGUCGCUGGCCGCUGGUUAAGGACGUACAAUCCGAAUGUGGGCGUGUGUAGGCGACCCAUUAGCCCGCACUACGGUAGCUAUGCUCCAGAUGGCACCCGCAUGGGUGUCCUGGUGGAGCUGCUCAAGGAUGCAACCCGCAGGUCGCAGCUGGACGAACUACUGCUGCUGGUUGCACCCGGAAGUAGCUCGCAUUCGCAGAAGAUUCACUGCUUCGAGAAGGAGACGCGGCACCAUCUCGGAAUGAUGCCCACUACGGAAUCGGAGGUGGACAUUCUGAGGGAGUACGAGGAUAUGCUCCAGUACCAGCUGAGGUUCACCAAUCAGUACUGCUGCGUGAAGCGAAUGACCUGCGACCGGCAAAUCAUUGCGAGAUUCUUCGAUCGCAGUUGUGGUGGCAUGGAAACCGAGGUGCAUCCACUCUUUGAGAGCUUUCCGAACUUCAGUUACCCUGCAACGGCGCCCAGGGAGUUCAGCAGUGUUGGGAUCCAGGUGCAGAUGAGCAAACCGCAGAUCAGGGCUUUGUGGAAACCCAAGAUACCUGUUCACCUGCGAAAUCUGGAAUGCAUACGACGAUCGCAAAGGAUUCUGUCACUGACGAACUUUAGGAAGCGCUCCCGACCUUUCCUGUAGCUCCUGAUGAGUGCUGUUGAUUUUGAUGCAAUCUAGAAAAGAUGUCUCUUUUUUUGCACUGUAUUUUCAAGGACAGUUUUAUAGUUUUGUCAAUGUGUAAAACCAUUACAAGCGAACUGUGAUUACAAGUAAUUAAUAGGGUAUUCAACGGAAAUUGAAAAUAAAUCCAUAGAUAAAGAA